AUGGUGAGUUGAUGCUCUUUUUUUGCAAGAGGGAUUUGGGGAUUUGAUUGACACGAGGACGGCUUUUGUGCAUGGGAAUUGAUUUUGCUUCUUCUUUCCAGAGGUUCCGGUUCUGUGGCGACUUGGACUGCCCAGACUGGGUCUUGGCAGAGAUCAGCACUUUGGCCAAAAUAUCCUCAGUGAAACUUAAGCUGAUCUGCGCCCAGGUUCUAAAGGAUCUACUUGGGGAGGGAAUUGAUUACGAGAAGAUUCUGAAGCUGACAUCAGAUGCGAAGUUUGAGUCUGGGGACAUCAAGGCCACCAUCGCGGUCCUCAACUUCAUCCUCUCCAGUGCUGCCAAGCACAAUGUCGACAGUGAGUCUUUAUCCAGCGAGCUGCAGCAACUGGGGCUGCCAAAAGAACAUGCCACGGGACUGUGCCGGUCCUACGAGGAGAAGCAGAGUCCCUUACAGGAGAGUCUUAGAGGAUGCAGCCUGCGAUUGAACCGCUUGGAUUCUGUGUCCUGGCGAGUGGAUUAUACUCUUAGCUCCAGCGAGCUCCAACAGGUUAACGAACCAAUUGUUCAUCUCAAGCUUAACGUGCGGGAUGCUGACAAAGGAGUCUUGGAACCGGUGGUGACGACGCUAUCGGCAGAGAAGUUCCGCGUCUUACUUGCAGAGCUGAAGCAGGCCCAGGCCCUUAUGAAAACACUCGACUGAGGAGUAUCACAGACAGAGCAAGCGGAGCCGGAAUGAACUGAUCUUUUGUCGGCUCGAGAAGCAUUAAGUGAACCAUCGCUCCGCGAGGGAAGCUCCACGCACCCCGGUGCUUCCCCCCUGCUGGCGUGGAAGGCGUUGCUACAAUCCGUUCCACCUCCUGGGAUUUUUGGGCCAAAAACCGAGGCAGGUCCUGCAGCACAUGGUAACAGUGGCCCCUGCCUGCUGAUCACGUAUUUCAGUUUAAAAAUACCUUCCGGCUGUUUUCAGCUCCCGCUGAAGCCUGGACGUUGUGGAAUCUGACAAACUUGCUCUCUUCCCCACCAUUCUUCUAGAUUUUUCAUUACUGGCAAAGCAAAUCAAGGAUACUGCCCCCUCCUUGGCUAGUGAGAGGUCCCUGCUGGAAAAAAAAGCUCCUUGCUAAUCCUACUGCUCCAAAUAAAGGCCAGUAAUUCCCCAGCAAAGAGGAACGAGACAAAGCCGUGCCACACCGUCCUUGUUAUGGGCCUGUCUCAGGUCUGCUGAGACUCUGGGCUCAGGUGUGUGAUCCUCAAAAAAAAAAGCCAUCUGCAGGCUCUUUGAAGCUUUACUUGGUCAGUUCACCUGUAUAGGAGACCCCCAAGGGUUUCAGAGCUCUUGUGACUUCAUAGCAGCAGGAGAUCUCGAUGGGAUUCCACCCUGUCCUUGACAUACCCUUCUCUGAGGAGGCCUUGUUGAUCUUCCAAAGGACUUCUACCGGCUGCCAUUUCUUGGGUCCAUCUUCCCACAAACGGGGGACGACGUUUCUCCCCGCCGAGCACGAUGACAACUUUAUUUACAGGCACUGAAAGGGAGACGCCUGCCCUCUUCCCAAACGUGUGCUUUUUCGGCCUGCGAUCCUCUGAACGAUAAAUCUGGGAAGCUUCGCCUCUCUCAAGCAUCUGCAGUUCACUGCUGACGCGUGAAGUUGUUCCUUUGUAAAAACAAAAUUGUACUUUGGGAGGGAUGGGAGAAAAUAAAAUCUUGGUGCAUUGAGAA